CAGACUCAGAUGGUCAUGGUAUUGCGAUACAUUGAUGGGAGCCAUGCUGUUCAAGAGCGUUUUUUUGAGUUUGUCCCCCUCUCGUCUUCAACGGCUGACUCGAUUGCCACUGCUAUUAUGGAGAGACUGAACAGUCUAUUCACCGAGGAAGAGAGGGGUAAACUCAUCGCGCAAGCAUAUGACGGGGCCAAUGUGAUGAGAGGAGAGAAGGCUGGUGUGCAGCAAAAAGUGCGAGAGCAUUACAAAAAUGCACAUUAUUUACAUUGCUAUGCACACCAGCUGAAUUUGAUCAUGCAGCAAGCCACUUCUCAGGUCCCAGCAGUGAGGGUUUUUUUCUCGGAUCUGAAUGGCAUUUCUAGCUUUUUUAGUCGGUCACCCAAACGCACCACCAUCCUCGACCAGGUUGUUGCACGGAGGCUGCCAAGAGCAUCGGCCACAAGAUGGAACUUCAACAGCAGGGUCGUGAACACAGUCUAUGAGAACCUAGAUGACCUCAUAGAGUGUUUUGAAGCCAUCAGCACAGACGGCUCAUUUGACUGCACCACAGUGAGGGAGGCAUCUGGCUACCUGAGGAUGCUGCAGGACGAUGACUUCAAGUUUUUCCUGCAUCUAUUUCAUCAAAUCAUGCCUCACGUUGACAUUAUGUACCAACAGCUGCAGAAGAAGGACAUUGAUGCAGUCUUCAUCAAACGUGCUCUGCAGAGCUUCACAAGCAGUGUUCAAGCCAUACGGGACCAGAGCUCAUCUCCAGAGCAGCAGCAAGUAGCAGCAGGAACUACAGGAAAAAGGAGGGCCUUGGGAGAGCAAGACAAGCAGAGGCUGUCUAAGGAGGUCUGUGACACCAUCUUGGGCCAUGCAAACGAGAGGUUCUCUUUCACAAGCCACCUUGUGAGUGCAACGCUGCUACAAGGAGACCUGUUUGAGCAGUACUGCCAUGUGUUCCCUGAUGAGGCUCUGAACACCACUGCCAAGGCAUACCCCAUGCUGAAUAAGGCGAAGCUCAAGACUGAACUGUCCCUUAUCUACGAGAGUCCAGAUUUCAAGGGCUGCAGUGGUGCAUUGGCACUCUACCAGGUUCUACAGAGGAACAACCUCCACGAGACCCUAUCUGAGACUGUGGCUCUGUUGAACAUCCUCAUAACCACUCCCAUGACAACUGCUGAAGCUGAGAGGUGUUUCUCGACCUUAAAGAGAAUCAAGACAUUCCUGCGAAACUCAAUGGGACAGGAUCGUCUCAAUGCUCUGGCCAUGCUUUCCAUGGAGAGGGAACUAGUCAGGAACAUGCCUGAUUUUAAUGAGAGGGUCAUUGAUCACUUUGCUGCUUUGAAAGAGAGACGAGCAAAAUUUCAAUACAAGUGAGAAAUGUUGUUUUAAUGUUGUUGUGUUGUUGCACUACUCAAAUGUUGAAUUGGAAAUAGCUGUAUUAAUUGCAUAUCAUUAGCCAAUUUUUUUGUUUGCUUUGUAAUGUACAUGUGUCUUAUGGGUAAAUUCUUGUUAAAUAGCACCCAAUGUUUUGAUUAUCACCUUGGAUCAUUCUUGUUUUAGGAAUACUGUAAAUAUUGCAAUGAGUAGGCUAUGCCACUAGUUUUUAUAUAUGCUGUCAUCAAGUUGUGUGAUGAGAACUGUAAAUAUUAUAAUUACUAGGCUAUGCUAACAUCCAUUUUUUUGUUAAAUCAGAACACAACUGCUGCACUUAAAAUAAAUGUUAUCAGAUGGAGAAA